ACGUAUCCAUGGCCAAAUGCGACGAAUAAAAAUCGGAGCAAUUUUUCACAAAGGCGAAGAAGAUCUUCAAUCUGUAUUCUCAAGAGCAAUCUCUGACACAAAAAACGAAAACUAUGGACUUGCAUUUGAACUUGAAGCAGUCACUAAGUACAUCGAAGGCAGUACCGACAGCUUUACGACUGCUAUAGCUGCUUGUAAACUUCUUGAGGAAGGUGUGGCAGCCAUUUUCGGGCCUUCAAGUCGGUAUACUAGUAACAUAGUUGCGAGCAUUGCUGCGAGAUUUCAUAUUCCGCAUAUAGAAUAUGUUUGGCGAGAAAGCGAAGGAAAGAAAAACCAGAAGAAGACUUCAUCAUCAAUGACUAUAAACAUAUUUCCUGCCAGUGAACAAGUCAGCCAGGCUAUCGCCGAUGUCAUUGAUUCAAUGAAUUGGCAAAAAUUCGCAGCGAUUUACGAAACUGAUGAAGGACUGUCACGUCUUCAGAAAACUUUGAUUCUAAAAGGAGACUACAACGAUCCGAUUAUACAUACAGCAUGGAAGCUUGACGAAGGACCAGAUUAUCGCUCAAUGCUUAAACAGAUACGCUAUCUACCAGUGCGCAAUAUAAUUAUCGAUGUUAAGCCGGAAAAUAUCAUGGAAGUGCUGUAUCAGGCAAAGGAAGUCAGUUUAUUAGAAGAUUAUUCCGACUUCGUAAUUACAUAUUUGGAUUCAUCCACGCUACCUAUUGUCGAGAUAAUAAAUGGUACCUUUAAUAUCACCGGACUAAGCAUAAGAAAAAAUAAUGACAUAGAAGGAAUUGAUUCGCUAGAUUCAGCGGUCCUCUAUGACGCAGUAUUUUUGUUGCAUACAGCAUUAAAGACUCUAAAUGUAAAAAAUAUUGAAAAUGAAAUAGGUAUGUCUAUUGAUCCUAUAUCACUUUCUUGUACUAAUAGUACUAGAAAGUAUCAAGUAGGACCUAAUAUUAUUAGCAUUAUGCGAGAGAUAUCAAAGAGAGGAAAGAUAACAGGCAUUAUGUAUAUUGAUGAAUACGGUCGUCGACGAGAUUUCAAUGUAACAAUUUUGAACUUUCAACAUUUGGAUAUAAUAGAAACGAGUUAUUGGGAUACUAAUGGUAUACAUAACAUACCGCCUACGAUGGAGGAAGAUUUAUAUUUAUACAAAAGAUUCGUAGAAGAGAGAAUAUUCAAGAUUAGCGUAACCGUAAAUGCACCCUACAUUAUGGAAGUGAUCGAUGGUUCAACGCGAGGAGUAUUAAUUGGUCAAAAACGCUAUGAAGGUUAUUGCAUCGAUCUGAUUAAUAAAAUCGCAGAAUUUCUAGAGUUUAAAAGCGUAGUAUUCCAACUUGUAACUGAUGGAUAUGGCAAUUAUAAUCCACAAACGAAGACUUGGAAUGGUCUAAUCAGAAGCAUUCUGGAUUAUGAAGCCGAUUUUGCUGUAUCCGAUUUAACGAUAACACCCCUCCGCAUGGCCGUUGUGGAUUUCAGUUUGCCUUUCAUGAUUACGGGUUUUAGCAUAAUAAUUAGCAAACCGGAAAAGCACACGUCAUCUUUUUUCCCAGUCUUGAUGCCUUUCUCUAUAGAAGUAUGGCUCUCCAUGGCUAUUGCUUGUUUCGUCGUAUCGAUAAUGUUAUUUCUUCAGGCAAAAAUGACACCUAGGAAAUGGAACAAUCGGCAUCUAUGCAAUGCUGAUCCUGAAGAAAGUAAUUUUAACUUCAAAAAUUCGUUCUACUUGACUACUGGUUCUUUUAUGCAACAAAGUUCAAACAUACGGACCAAAGCAUCAUCUCUGCGCAUGCUUGCAAGUAUAUGGUGGUUCUUUACUUUGAUUAUGUACAGCUCAUAUACAGCGAAUCAAGCUGCCUUUCUCAAUAUGGACAAAAUAUCUAUUAAAGGAAUUGAGGAUCUGCCCAAACAGAUAAAAAUUAAAUAUGGUGCACUAAAGAAUGGCGCAACAGCAGCAUUCUUCAAAAAUUCGAAUCACUCAACGUACCAACAAAUGUGGAUUGCAAUGGUGAAUUCUAGCCCAAGCGUAUUCGCAUCAAGUUAUGAAGAAGGUAUCUAUCGAGUUCUCCGCGGCGAAGGACGAUAUGCCUUUCUCAUGGAAAGUGGUGCUAUUGAAUAUAUUACGAAGCGCCAAUGCAAUCUAAUUAAAAUAGGCAACGUAGUCGAAAAGAACAGAGGCUAUGGCAUUGCUAUGCCACGCAAUUCUCCAUAUAGAAUACCGAUUAAUCGUGCGAUCCUAAAGCUGGGUGAGACAGGUACACUGGCGGAAAUCAGAAAAAAAUGGUGGGAAGAAAGAGGAGGAGGUUUGUGCAAAAAAGAUGAAAUGGAAAAUGAUGAAAGGACAAACCAAUUAGGGAUGGCAAGUCUGAAAGGUGUAUUUUUCGUUCUAAUGUGUAGUUGCAGCGCUUCAUUCUUUAUCGCAAUUUGCGAAUUUCUGUGGAAUGUACGUAAAGUCGCUGUGACAGAGAAGAUCACGACGUGGAAAGUGCUAGUUGCCGAGUUAAAAUUCGCCGUAAACGUCUUCGCAAUUACGAAACCCGUUAAAAUUACCAAAAGCAGCAACAGUACAUAAAAUUCUAGGGAUGGUGGACUUGACGGCGCUUCAUCUACGGCUUGA